AUGGGUGAAUGCGACCAUCUCGGUACCGAUGAUGUGCCCUUUCCUCAAAGACCCAUUGUAAUUCUCGGUGCGGGGAUCAUCGGCUGUGCGACAGCCCGGCACUUACUGCUGAAUGGAUUCCCCGUGAUAUUGGUGGCCGAAUAUCUACCAGGAGACCAGAAUAUUUCCUAUGCCUCGGCUUGGGCAGGAGCUGCGUGGCAUGCCGCGGGAGGUAUUACCCCGGAUCAACGAUACCUUCAAGCUGUCACACAUCGCAUCCUACUCAAGAUGGCACAAGAUGGCCCCGAGGCAGGGGUGAGCAUUGUCAACGCACGAGAAUACCUCGAACAAAAACCUGCCCCUGACUCCGCGAUAUGGGGUAAGACGGUGGUCUCCAAGUUCCGUGAGAUGAGUCCUGGUGAAUACCUUCCCGAUUUCAACUGUGGCUGGGCCUAUGAAACACUUGUCACAGAUCCCACAAGACACAUGCCUUAUCUUAAGAAACAGGUUGAGUCUCUUGGGGGUCGUUUUAUCCGCCAACGUGUCGAGUCCCUUCAGGAGCUGUAUGAGAUGUUCCCCGAAUCACGGGUGUUCAUCAAUGCAAGCGGUUGGGGCAGUAAAACCCUGACGGAUGUGCAAGAUGAUAACUGUUUCCCGGAGCGAGGGCAGAAUGUAUUCCUGGCCACUGAUCAAUGCAACACGCUCCACUUCCGAAAUGGCAAGGAAUAUACUUAUGUGAUCCCUCGGCCGCUAUCGAAAGGGGUGGUCCUCGGUGGCGUGAAACAACAAGGCAACCUGUCACCUGAAGUCGAUAUGGAUAUCGCAAGGGAUGAGAUUGCCCGCGCGCAUCGGUUAGCUCCUGAAAUUGUUCCCGAACAGCCAGCUGCAGAUAAGGUGAGUUACAUCGUUGGAAUCCGACCAUCCCGAAAAGGAGGGUUCCGUCUCGAGUCGGAGCGAAAGGGUAGUCGGGUGGUGUUGUCCGCCUAUGGGUUUGGGGGUGGUGGGUAUGCGUUUUCAUAUGGGAUUGCCGAUGCGUUGGUCAAGAUGGUGGAGAGGGCCGAGCGUGAAAAUGUGAUCUAG